UGUCCCUCCCCCGCGGGCGCCUCCGGGCCUGGCGUUCCUGCCCCGUGUAACCUGAUCUGCGGCGGGGUUUGGAUCUCGGGCAAGUCACGGUUGUGAAGGUGCUCCGACAGAGGACUGCGCUCCGCGGUGCGCUCCCAGCUCCGCAAUCCAGCGCACGAGUGCAUGGCGCAGAGGCUGGGAGAGCGGGUGCGGGGGCCCACUGAGGCCACCGGGCUCUACCGGGCGGUGCUGCUCCGGUCCGCCUCCAUGUACUCGGAGAUCCAGAGGGAGCGGGCUGACAUCGGAGGCCUGAUGGCCCGGCCAGAACACAGAGAAUGGAACCCAGAGCUCAUCAAGCCCAAGAAGCUGCUGAACCCCGUGAAGGCCUCCCGGAACCACCAGGAGAUGCACCGCGAGCUGCUCAUGAACCACAGGAGGGGCCUGGGCGUGGACAGCAAGCCCGAGCUGCAGCGUGUCCUGGAACACCGCCGGCGGAACCAGCUCAUCAAGAAGAAGAAGGAGGAGCUGGAGGCCAAGCGGCUACAGUGCCCCUUUGAGCAGGAGCUGCUGAGACGGCAGCAGAGGCUGAACCAGCUGGAGAAACCACCAGAAAAGGAAGAGGACCAUGCCCCUGAAUUCAUUAAAGUCAGGGAAAACCUGCGGAGAAUCACCACUUUGACCAGUGGAGAGAGGGCGCUGUAGAGCUGGCUCCGGAGCUCCAGCGCCCCAGCAGCCCGCCCCGGCCCCCACCAUGCCCUCCAGCCCUCCUGUACCUGGCAGCCCUGGUCCCCAGACUCGGCUCUGCGGUGUUCAUGCUUGCUCCUGGAAAAAUGCAUCGCCCCAGAGGGCUGCCCCCCACCUGACCCCCAGAAGAUGGGGGAUCCUGAAUGCAGGCUUUUCCUUCUAGCGCUUCAUCGCUCCUGCUCCCAGAAGCAGCCGCUGCUGAGGUAACUUCCCCCAGGCUCCCUCCUUGAGGGGCUGCUGAGCCCUGCCAAGAUGCUUCGGGCAGAGCUGAGAAGGGACAGGUGCCCUUCUGGCUGGACAAGCCGUCCAUUCUGCCCAGGCCCCAUGGGGCCCUGCUUCUCUGGACAGCCCAGGUCUCAGAGAGCUACCCUACUGUGGUCUCUGCAGCCAGGUGUGGGACAGCUAAGCAGAGCAUCUUGGGGCACCUACCCUGAAAGCCUGAGGGGAGAAUGGUCUGUCCUCAGGAAGGGCGGGGCAGCCCAGGGCCGCCCUCCAAGGUAGACGCACAAAGACAGCUGCGGAUGGUCUGCCAGCCUCUCCCCAGCGCUUCACCUUUAAUCCCUCCACGCUCCGCCCCCCCACAGCCCUACCCCGUCCAGACCCUGUAACCACAGCAGCCCAGGGCUGCAGCCGCUCCGCUUCUGGCAGUUAGAACAGUGCUGCUUGAACUUUACUGUGCCUGUGAAUUACCAGGGCCCUUUGCUGGAAGACGGCUUCUGAUCCCACAGGUUGGGGUGAGAGCUGAGACUCUUGUUUCUAACAAGCUCCUGGACCACCGUGCUGAGGCCCACACUAUCCCUGGCAAGGCUGGAGCAUCCAGGGGUGGCGAAUAAAAGCCCUCCCAGCUCCCAGGACCCCCAUCCUGGAGAUUCCCAUCCGCCUCCACAGCCCCAAGGCACUCUUUAUUUUACUCCCACCCCGGCUCCGGGCCGGGGAACACCCCUAGCUAGGAAACGGUGUUGGUUAUAUGACCAGAGAUGCAUGUAACUGCCACUCUGCCUUUCUCACCACACUGAUGCAAUUCUAGCCAAAAAAUCACAAAACUAAAAGAACCUUUCCCCAAAGCCUACAAAAAGCAAAUAUAUAAUGAUUUUCAACAGGCUUUGGAAAACAUAAGAAACCAGUCUGAGACCCCAGCCCCACCCUGACACACUGGCCCCGCUGAGUGCGCCUGAGGCCCACGCCCAACUCGAUCUGUUGCCGGGGCCAACUCCGUGGGCUCACUCACCCAUUCCUUCUGAGAACUCGCCUCCCAGCACGGACCAAAUGUUUGCAUUUUCGCUCCUGUCCCAUAUUUAAAGAUCUGGAGACCCACCAGGCCUUUUCCUUUUCCCCUGAAGAAUAAAACCCCUGCCCCAUAGCUCAGUCGGUAAAGAAUCCGCCUGCAAUGUGGGAGACCUGAGUUCAAUUCCUGGGUCUGGAAGCUCCCCUGGAGAAGGAAAUGGCAACCCACUCCAGUGUUCUUGCCUGGAGAAUCCCAUAGUCACAGGAGCCUGGUGGGCUACAGUUCAUGGGAUCGCAAGAGUCGGAUACGACUUAGUGCUAUCUUUCUUUCUCUGGCUUUGUAAACCCAUCGUUUCAAGGUAACAGGGCACUAGUGAAAAAGCAUUUCCUUUUACCCCCCCCCCCCCCCCCCCCCCCGCCCACCAAGACUGCUGGACAGAGCUGCCGCUGGGAUGAAGUCUGGUACCUGGACCCAAGAUGGGAGGGAAGGGACCGCCCUGGUGUUACUCCUACCUGGGUCGCUGGAGGGUGACCAGAGACAUCGUCCUUCUCCUGUGUGAGCUGAGGGGCGUGAAUGUAGACAUGCUACAUGUGGGGAGGGAGGGAGGCGCUGAAAGGCUCUUGAAUGUGACCAUUUUGGUGAGAAGGAGGGAAUGCUGUUUUACAUGUCUGUCUGGCAAGGGUCAUGCUAAAAAUGCACAACCCCUGAGUAAAGACCACCACUUCCCCAAAGAAGUUGCCCCAUGUUGUUCAGAUGUGUGAGGAGAACGAGACUGAGCCUCUAGGGUGGAGUAGCCCCCAAGGGAAUGCUUGGGGGUUCACUGUGGGCCCCAAGGUGCUCCAUGGGGACAGCAGGGCACGGAGACAAAGCCCCGGAAGUAUCAGAACAGACUGCGAGUACCACGGCACCCCGGAGCCUGACAGACACCCUUGUUCCCGCCCAGUGCUCCGUCCCCACUCUUCCUCUCUGGCCAUCUCCCAUGGCAGGGUCUGCAGACUCAGCGUCUCCCUGGUGCAGCCUCCGCUGCAGCCUGGGGUGACCACGUGACCAGGUAUGGCCGGCGACAUUUACAACGAAGUCUACAGGGGCUCCUGGAAAGCUCGUUUUUCUGACAAAAGAGACAGAGUGGGUAACACGCCCUUGCCCCUCCCUUCUCCCCCGCUUCGUCGAGGCUGAGGCGCCUGGAGCCACAGUGGCCAUGUUGCUACCAAGAGAAAAUGGCCAAGAGAAUCUCUGAGACAGGGGCCUGACUGUCCUGUGACCAAGCCAAUGCCGGCAGCCACCCUCCUCCAGGAUUCUUGUAAAUACAAAUAAAUGCCCCUUGUUUAAGCUA